AUGAACAAGCAAAAAUUCCUUUUUCUGCUUUCGCUAGUUACAUUAAUCUGGAAAUUUGCAGACAUAAAAUGCAUAGACCCUAAUAGGCCUUUUUCUGAAAGAUCAAGUUUUGCCCAAACCAAAGCCCAAAAUAAGGAAAAAAAUAUGCCUGAUUUGUUCAGUUUAUUUUCCACAAAGGAGAAAUCGGCACAACCAAUGUUUAACUUUUUUUUAGAAGAAAAUAGAAACUUAUGGAUGCAUCGAACAAAGAAUAAUGAAAUGAAGAGAAACAUGAGAAGACGCUUUGCUGACUUUCUAGAACUAAGACAGAAUGACAUUUCACGGUUUCACGAAUUAAUGGUGAUACAAAAUGAACAAAUAAAUGUAAUCAAAAAUGUCUUGUUAUCCUUUGAGGGAAUUUAA